CACGGCCCAGGCCCACGCCGUUCACUGUGCACAUAUCGCCGUCGCCCCCUCAGCCUGAGUCCCCUCCCUCUUGCCGUCGCCACCUCAGAAACACAGACCCGCUCUCUCGCCGUUGCACCUCCCCUCACGGCCUCACCUCUCGAGCCGUUCCCGUCGCGCACACAGCCCCUCGGCCCCUCUCUCAACGCUGCGCUGCCCUCUCUGUCUCUCACCGUCUCACGCAGCCGGCAGCCCCUCUCUCACGUCUCUCUGUCUUCGACGACUUGCCUCGGUAAACAACUCCUGGAAAAGGCAUCUCAUGGAGUAUUCUCGUGCACGUGGUUUUUUGUUCUGUGACUUUUGUGGGACAAUGCUUUCUUUGAAAUCAACUAAGUAUGCUGAAUGUCCCCUGUGUAAGUUUAAGCGCAGUGCGAAAGAAAUUUCUGAAAGGGAGAUAUCUUAUGUAGUCACAGCUGAGGAUAUCAGAAGGGAGCUGGGAAUCUCACUGAUUCGAGACCAAGAAGUGCAAUUAUCAAAGGUGAAAAAGAAAUGUGAAAAAUGCGAUAAUGAGGAGGCUGAGUAUUGGACCAUGCAGAUGAGAUCAGCGGAUGAAGGGCAGACUACAUUUUAUCGAUGCACCAAAUGUGGCCAUAAGUUUUCAGAGAAUUAAGUUUGUAUCGAAUAUGUAAAACCGCAUUCCCGGCCUGCCUUUUUUGUUUUCUCGGGCAUCGCUGAAAUGUCGGUUGGCAUUAGAUUCGAUCGUGGUUCACCUGCUGUUAUUCGAAUUGUAUGGGCUUCACUGGGGAUGGUGCUUCUUGUGUUGCCCCCAGAGAAAGCCUCAGACCACAUUAAUUAUAUUCCCAGUAAUUUCUAACA